GGUUUUCAGUUGCCAACUAGUAAGCAAUCGCAACGGUUUGAUAUUAUUAUCCCGCGCUCAGUUGAAAAUUUUGAAAUGACCGUUUUGGUGUCUUGUGUGUGUUGAAAUAUAUUAGUAAAUUGAGAAAAUUAGUAAAAAAAAUAAACUUAAAAGACAAACAAACCGAAUCUUAAAUUCCAAAUAUAUUUACCUGGUGAUAAACCCACAAAAAUGGAAACCACAAUUGUGACCACAACGACAACCGAACUGAAUUGCAUUAUUCGCGGCAGCAAAAAGAAAGAUAUCGAUGGUCAACUGGUUGCGGAUAGCACGGACGCAUCACACCAAUUUCCGUCCAACGAGGAGCCCAAUAUUCUGGGGCAUGGACCCAACUACGACGAGAAGUUGUCCAAAUUCAAAUGGCUCUGCAAUUUCGAUGAUGCCCCCAGUCACCUAAAGUUCAACCCUUACAUCCGACGCGGCUAUCGCACAUUCCUAUCCAACAAGUUGUGCCUGCAGAGCAUUUUCUGGUGGACCAAUGAGACGAUUAACAUCUGGAGCCAUCUGGCCGGGUGCAUCCUGUUUAUCGGCCUGACGAUCUUCGACCUGCAAUUUUUGCGAAUCCACGCCUCUUUGACCGAUCAGGUCCUGGUCGUCUGUCUGCUGGUCUGCUUCUGCCUCUGCAUGCUGAUGUCCGCCAUAUACCACAUAUUCUCCUGCAAAUCGGAGGAGCACUAUGAGCUCUUCCUAUCGGUUGACUUCCUGGGCAUCUCGCUGUCCCUGGUGGCCAUCUACAUCAGUGGAAUGUACUAUGCCUUCUGGUGCCACACCUUCCUGCGCACCCUGUACUCCACGAUCGCCUUGGGUAUGUUCGCCCUGGCAAUCGCUGUCCAGAUUCCCCGCUUCAAUGUCUCCAUGAACGCCAAGGUGGCGGUGCUGCUGCUGUGGUCCGCCUACGGAAUCAUCCCUCUGGGUCACUGGGCGGUGGCGAUGGGCGGUUUGGAGAACGAGCUAGUCAGGCUGAUGGUGCCUCGCAUUGUGGUCAUGUACUUGCUCUGCCUCAUCGCGUUCGUUUUCUACGCGACCAAAAUCCCGGAGCGCUGGUUCACCGGAAAAGUAGACUUUGUGGGUCACUCGCACAACUGGUGGCACCUGAUCAUUGUGGCGGCCUUCUAUCACUGGCACAAUACCGGAUUGGUCUAUGCCGAAUAUCGUCUGAAUAAUGGCUGCAGUGCUCCCGUCCUCGCCUGAGAUUUGAUUUUUGAGAGCGUUAAUCUAAGAUCCCAGAUCCGAGGAGCGGGAAUGGAUGCAAAAACGGAACCGGGACAUAGUGUACAUAGUUUAUGGGGCGCUCUUUUUCCGCUAUUAACUAAUAUUUAGUUGUAGUUGUUGACCGAUAUGAUUAAUUUAUGUGUAAUUUACCGAUUAGUUAGGUGUUCGUGUUAGUCUAUCCAAACAGUUGAUUUAACACGAGCGGAAGGAAGGUUUCUCUCUUUAUUUCCUAGUUCAUUUCGUUUUAAUAUACAAUGUUUAUGAAAAUGCAUGUUUAAGCUGAAGCUGUGUUAGUCUAGUUGACUCGAUUUUUACAAAUACUUUAAAUGCAAAUACAAUAUUAAAAGUACAAAA